AUGACGGACGUAACCUCUUCGCUCCGCCCGUCGUCGCGCCAGGGCUCCCCGGUGCCGCGCCGGCAGCUCGGCAUUCUGCCUGUGAACCAGCGCUCCUACUCGCGUGUGGGCUCCAAGGGCAUGAUUGGCGACGACUCGCCGCUCAUGUCACCCUUGCCCUACUAUCCGCGUCGUCGCAGUGUCACCUUUGCCGGUGACCAGAGCGUGAGAGAGGAGCGACCCAACUACAACGCCGCAUAUUCCGCUUCGGCUCCCGUUUCCCCGGCGCGUCACGGCUCACCGCCGCCGGUCUCCAUCCUCAAGUCGAACUUGUCGUUUCCGGCGGCAGAGGAGGAAGACAGCGGCGCUGCGCCGGCGUACCAGGCUGCUGCGGCCACAGUGAGUGGUGUCUUGGACCGCAAGGACCGCGCGCGCAACUCUCCGGUGCCGGUGCGCGGCCGCUCCAAUAGUCGUCAGCGCCUUGCGGCGCGGCGCAAGGAGGCGCAGCUGCAUCGCAGCUUCUACGAUGACAGCUUCGUGGAGGAGUAUGUGCUACGAGCCAAGACGGAGCUGGAGGAGGAGGAGGCAGAGCAACGCCGAAUGCAGGAGCAGCUGAGGGCCGAACAGGAGAGGGCGAAGAGGGCAGAGCGCCGCGUCUCGGAGGCAACGGAGAAGAUCAACGCCCUGCAACACGCGAAAGAGGUGCUGAUGGCGGCCACGGUGCGCCGCCACACCUCUGUGACGCCGUCUCCGCAGCGUGCGCCUGCCGAAAAAUCGAAGCGCAACUCCAGCCUUUUGCGGGAGCUCGAAGAGGACCCCGACCCAGAGGUGCAGGCAGCGCUGAAGGAGCUCGCACGCAACUCCAUGGCGAAGCAACAGAGUCGCGUUCACUCUUCUGCCCAUCAGCGUCGUCGGUCGAUAUCCAUUGUCUCCGCCGACGCCCUCGCGAAGAGCGGCGAGGACGAAGACGGUGACGACAACGACACCCGCAAGCGCGCGCGUCUAGAGAAGAUCGUCUCCACGCUGCUUGCGAAGAAGGCCAAGAGCAAGAGCAAGCGUAGCGUGAUGGUUAUCGACUGGUCCGAUCUCGACUCCGACGCCGACGGCAACACCUCGACCACUGAUGAGGAUGGGGAGGAGACUGCGGUGGGCCUCAAGCGACAACGCGGCCGCCCUGCCAAGAGCCGCAGUAUAGCGUUGGGGACCGAGGCGACACUGGUGUCAUCGGCGAAGCAUGUACAGAAGCCGUCCACGAAGCGCGCAGCCUCGUCCCGUAAGCGCCAUGUCAGCGCAGAGCCGGAGUUGGGCGAUUCGCUUCUUUUUGAGGAUGAAGCGGAGCAGCCGAUUUUGCUUCCUCGCCGGCAGAACACGCGACCGGCUCCGACUCGGUCUAUCUCGUACAUCGAAAUGGGUGGCGACGAUGACCUGCUGAGGGAUGCUUCCAGCGUUGAGCGUGUGGUGCGGCGACCACCUCGUGCCACGCGCGCACCGGCCACGCGGCAGCGCCGCGGCCGUCUUGCAUCUACUAGCACCCGCGAAGGUGCAGAGGUCAUGUCGUCUUUCACAGGCACCACCGCCUUGCGAGGACGUGCGUCGCAGCCACCAGCCGCGCCGACAGGGGGCCCGACCGGCGUCCCGCCUCGCCGGCGCCGCGGGUCCGUCCAGCGCGCAGACCCCAAUGAUCCCAUGGCCGUUUUUUUUGAGGCUGCCUUUCCGAGUCCUUCGAAGUUUGACGAGAUGAUGAUGCAGGCUGGCGGCCUGCCAGAGACCCGUCGUGGCGGCGGUGGCGGCGGGCGAGGACAGGGACGGCAUCCCAACUUGGUGCUGCCUAGCUCCAUUGGACGCCGCCGCUGA